UUCAUAACAGCGUAUGUUGUCUGAACAGCUUUAAUGUCGAGUGUAAACCACAGACCCGGCGGGAGAAAACACAGCUGACACAGCUUCGGAGAGCCGGACGGUUGAACGUAGCAUCACAGCUGUGACUAGCAAGUAACAGCUGUACAACAGCCCCGGUAGCUGCUGCGGAUCUUUAUGCAAAGUCUGGAGGACAGAGAUGGCAGUGUGUGCACUGACCAUGUUGGAUGGGAUGGAGGAGGAGGUGACAGCGGCAGGUGGCAUGUUGCUGCUGGUCCUGGCCCUCGUCUUGGCUUGGCUCUCCACUCACGUGGCCGAUCGGGGCGACCACAUACUGGGCACCAUCCUCACCGUGGGAGCUCAUGCCUCCCUGAUCGGACUGGGAGGCCACGACAGUUACGGCGGAGGGUCUCCCAGCGCCGACACCCCUGAGCAGCAGACCCCUCCACCUUCGCAGGAGAACAAGCCGGAUGACGGGGAGCCGGGGACUGAGAGGGGAGAGGGGGAGGGAGCGGAGGGGGUUAGGACAGAUCUGCUGCUGGACAUUCAGAGCAAACAACCACAGGCUGGAGGAUUACAUACUUCUGAUGAGGAUGAUGAUGAAGUUGAUGAGGAGGAGGAUGAAGAGGAGGAGCUGGAGAUGGAAGAUAAAAAGGUUAUAAAGUCUGUUCCAGUUUUGACCAGUACCAUUUCCCCGACCACCACCACCACCAUUUCUGUUCGACUUAAGUUUUUAAAUGACACAGAAGAGGUGGCUGUAGUAGAACCACAGGAUACAGUGGGAGUGCUGAAAAGUAAAUACUUCUCAGGUCGGGAGCAUCAGAUAAAGCUGAUCUACCAAGGCCAGCUGCUGCAGGAUCCCAAGAAGACUCUGUUAUCCCUAAACAUCACACACAAUAGCGUGAUCCACUGCCACAUCACCCAGGCUCUACACGAAGCCAGUCCGGAGGAAGGGGCUCAGUCCGGGGCGGGAGCAGGAGUCGGGUCUGGGGUCUCUGGAGGAUUCAGAGCUGCAGGUGUGGCCAUCAGCACCAGCAGCCUGGUGGUGCCCGUGUUCGUGGUGGUACUGGCUGUGGUGUGGUACUUCCGCAUCAACUACAGGCAGUUCUUCACAGCCCCUGCGACCAUCUCCCUCGUGGGAGUCACUGUGUUCUUCAGCUUUCUGAUUUUUGGGAUGCACAGCCGCUGAACAGGCAGAGAGGGCACACGCUUACAGCUGAAUGUUUUGAGGCAGAAUAAAAAUAACUACAGCAGGUGGGUGAGUGUCUGGAGAGACAGACUAAUCAAAAAGGGCCUGUGUGCAGAUAUACCACAGCUGACAGGAGAGUGAGUGAGUGAGUGAGUGUGUGGUUAAGGUGAGCCUGUUUGUGCAUGUACCAAAAUAAAAAAAAAAAGAGAUGAGUGAUUGUACUGUACAUGUGGGUAACUAAU